AUGGUUUAUGUUAAGCCAAGGAAUCGACUAAACCCACCUAAGCGUCGCGUAAAGAAGGAGCAGCUAAUUAAGAAAGCGCGCCAUGCGCAAGCGAAUGAGAAACGGAAGGACGCCUUCUGGCGGAACAACGGAGCUUCCCCAUCUUAUUCUUGUGCGUCUCUUCGCAGUACGCUGCCACCUCCCGCCGUGUCCGGUUCCAGUGGCGCUCGGGGGAAAAGCGCUUCACUGCCCCGCAAGGCUCCCGCUCCAAGCGGAAGCGACGUGAACAGCCACCUGGUAUCCGGACAGCGCGAGGGCAUCGGAGCAGGCACGACGCAACCGGCGCUAGGAGUCAAUGUGGUUGUUUCCACCAACGCCACAGCGCCGCGCCAAAGCGCCAGACUGCAGAAGGACCAGCAGAAUCUUCCAGCUGUAGCGGCGAGGAAUGUUGGGAAGCGGCCGACAGAGUGCAGCACGGCGCCGCCGGUACAGCCUGCUUCUCCUUCCCCACGUCGUACUGAGCGACAGCAAGAUGACAGGCAGAAAGCGGCCGUCACGGUGAAGAAUCUGAAACGACCGACGGAAAGUAGCGCAUCACAGCUGGCCCAGUCUGCUCUCCCCUCUCCACCUGCACUUCGUCGUAGCGCCCGAAUGCAAGAACACCAGCACCAGGACCCAGCUGCAAUGGUGAAGAAUGGAAAGCGAGCGAGUGCUGCAGCAGGAAGAGUGGAGAAUUCUGCUUCCUCUCCGUCUGCGCGUACAGUCGUGACCGGGAAGCGUCGUCCACUAGCCCAGCUCAACGAGAAUGCUAUUGAGGCGGAGUCGGCGGAGCGUGGAAAGCCUACCCGAUCCUCCCCUCAACACCCUCGUCCCCUCCCAGUCGCUCCCAAUCGUCGCGAGAAAUCUCUCCACGAUAUGAUGGUGGACCUGGCCAAUCCACGGAGGAUUAUCUGCACGGCGGAUCUGUUCAAACGCCAGGGCAUGAAGAACUUUAGGAAAAUCGGGGAGGGGUCUUACGCGGACGUGUUUUGUGCUACCCGAGGCAAAGAAGAUAUUGUCCUUAAAUUUAUCCCCGUAGAUGGAGAAAUUGUGCGCGACGUCGGCGUGGAAAAACAAAUUACGGUCGACGAUCUGCUCUCCGAGGUCCUCAUAUCGCUGAAGGUGACGGAGAAGCUGUUAGCCGAGAAGGGGCAGUUUUCCGCUCCUGUUUUCGUUCGCACACAUUUUGUCAAGAUAUGCUGUGGUCCUUAUCCCACGGAGCUCGCGGCUACUUGCGAUUUAUUUCGGGAGGAACGGGGUCCUGAGAGCCAAAAUCUUUUACCAGCGGAAUACCAGCCGACGCAAACCUUUGUCCUUAUUGGCCUGGCGCAGGGUGGGGUGGAUUUAGAGAAGUUCGGGUUCUCUAGUACCAGCCAACUGUGGAAUGCCGUGCUCCAGAUGGCGCUCGGUCUGAGCAUCGCCGAAGAUGCACUGCAGUUCGAACAUCGCGACGCCCACCUGUCCAAUGUGCUCAUCAAGUCAACUGACGCUGAGCUGACAUACUUUAAAUGGGGCGAAAAACGUUAUGCGAUCCCGACACACGGAGUGAACCUUCGGCUGAUCGAUUUCACUUUGUCGAGAAUUCAGGACGAGGGCCGGGCGAUCUUCAACGACCUGGCGCGCGAUCCGGCUCUCUUCACGGGGCGAAGUGCGCAGAGCAAGGUUUACAAAGCCAUGAAACGUGCAACAAAGAACUGUUGGAAGAAGUUUAGCCCUGCCACAAACAUUUUGUGGACAAAAUACAUCCUGUCGUCUCUGCUGGAAACGCACGCGGAGCUGCUGGAAUCGGCGAGCAAAGAAGAUGAUCUCGCGGCCAAGGAAAAACUGCUGCACUUGAGCGAGGUGCUAACCACAGUGCGGUCGCUGCGUGAUCUGGACGAUGAAUUUUUUGAAGAGAUGCGGAUUUAA